AUGAAGGAAGCCAGAAGAUUUAAUGGUAAAUCUGAAAGGUGGAGAACGUCCACUCAAAUUUUUUUCCUGCUAAUUAUUGUUGGAUCUGUGGUAUAUGCGUAUUUGGGUCAUGCUCAUCGAUAUGAAGUUCCAAAGGGUAACAGCAGCAGCGAACCACUAACAGUUUCAUUAAAGUUGAAAUCACUGGUGAAACAAGGCACUGGUGGCAAACCACUCAUGCAGGAGUUAAAGCUAACGUCAGAAGACGUAGAAGAAGGUAGGCGAGCUUUUACGAACAUGCGAGUCGAACAAAAUGGUGACGACGAAAAUGUUAAGGAAUUGUGGACAACGAACCCGAAAUAUAGUACUGACAACCCCUUGGAUUACACAUUUGCCUUGCACGCGCAGCCCAUAGAACUUAAAAGAAUGAAACAUCGCGAUCCGCAGUUCGUAGAGUCCUAUCUUGACUUUGCACUUUAUAACCCCGAAAUGGCCUCCAGAGUGAACUUAGAAUGGGAAGAUGAGAUAGUACUUGCACCGAAUGUGUCAGACAAAGACACGGUUGUGAAUUUGGCGCUCAUGUCUUCAAAUGCUUAUGUGAGAUUACCCCAUACUGGGGACUGGAGAAACGUGUCUGAGCCCUGGAACAGCACCGACGGUGUAGGACAUGGAUGGGAUAGCGACGGCAUAAGAGGUCACAUUUUUGCAAAUGAGGAAUCCAACGUGGUGGUUAUUGCAAUUAAGGGUACCAGUGCGCGAGGAUUGCCAGGCUCCGGUGAAGACGAAACUACCGCGAAUGACAAACUUAACGAUAAUUUACUAUUUUCAUGCUGCUGUGCAAGGGUCAGCUAUCUAUGGACUACAGUCUGUGACUGCUUUGUCAAAUCGUACACAUGCGACGAAACAUGCUUAGAACAUGAACUCAGACGUAAAGACAGGUACUUUUCCGGAGUUUUGAAAGUUUACAAGCAUGUACUGAAAAAGUAUCCAGACGCGAAUGUCUGGGUCACAGGCCAUUCAUUAGGAGGGGCCCUAGCAAGCUUACUUGGUAGGACCUUUGGUUUACCAGUUGUUACGUUCGAAGCUCCCCCGGAAUUGCUUCCCAGCAAAAGGUUACAUCUUCCUUCUCCUCCAGGUCUUCCUGACUAUUUAGAAGGUGUGUGGCAUUUUGGACAUACUGCAGACCCUAUUUUCGUUGGCACAUGCAAUGGUGCCAGUUCAUCUUGCUCCAUAGCGGGUUACGCUUUUGAAACUUCCUGUCAUUCAGGAAGAGUUUGCGUAUAUGAUGCCGUUAAUGACCUAGGAUGGCAUGUUAAUAUGCUUAAUCAUCGCAUUCACACGGUUAUUGACAAUGUUUUGAAUGGUUAUGAAGACGUUGCUAAAUGCGAAAAGCCGGCACCUUGCAUCGAUUGUUAUAACUGGAAUUUUAUUCGCGAUCGAGAUUCUAAACCUUCGAAAACAAUCACUUCAACCAUAACAAGUUCAACAUUAUCGGCUACCACAACUCCCCCAGAAACCUCCAGUUGCGUAGGCAGAAACUGGUAUGGGAAAUGCACAAUGCAUGGAUAG